AUGGCUGCGCCCAUCCCAUACUUCACUUUCAAUAAUGGCAUUAAAGUGCCCUCCGUCGGCAUGGGAUGCUGGAUGGGGACACCGGGCGGCGGGGAAACUGUCGAGCUCAUGUGCAAGAACGCGCUGAAGUGCGGGUAUAGGCACCUGGACACGGCAUUCGGAUACGGUAAUGAAGAACACGUUGGCAAAGCCAUCCGUGAAUCGGGCAUCCCGCGCGAAGAGAUCUUCGUGACGACCAAGCUCCCAAACCAACACCACCACAAAGUCGCCGAGUCGUUUCAGCAGUCAUUGAAUGCGCUGGGGCUCGACUAUGUCGACCUAUAUCUGAUCCAUUGGCCUCAGGCAGACACAGAGUCUGGUUCGUACCGCGCGACAAAUUGUGAGCACAUACCGUGCGGUGAGAGCCCGACGCUUGUCGAGACGUGGAAGCAGAUGGAGAAGCUGCUUGACACAGGCAAGGUCAAGUCGAUUGGCGUGUCUAAUUUUUCAAUUAGAACUCUCAACGAGAUCCUCCCGCACUGCAAUGUUGUUCCGGUAACGAACCAGGUUGAGCUCCACCCGUGCCUACCGUCGUUCGAACUACAGCAGUUUUGCGAGGAGAAGGGCAUCCUUCUGACAGCGUACUCGCCGCUCGGUCAGCCGCCCGUGCUGUUCACAGAUCCCGACAUUGUCUCCGUUGGACAGAAGCACAGUGCUUCGCCCUCGCAAAUACUCAUAAGUUGGGGCGUGAAACGCGGGAUCAUUGUGAUCCCAAAGAGCGAGAACGUCGAGCGCAUGAAAGCGAACAUCACCCUGGUUGACCUGGCAGAAGAUGACAUGGCUGCGCUGAACGCUGUACACAGGAAGCCUGGCCUGCACCGGUCAUUGCUCAGCUACCACAAUUAUACAGACGACGGAUUUAUAUUUGGGUGGACGUAUGACCAGCUCGGGUGGAAUAUGAAGAAGGGAGGUAUCGUUGUAGAUUAA